GAGAAGAUAACCUUACUAUUGAAAUGGAAUGGAAUGCUUCAAUUCUCCAUGCAUAUGUUAGUUAGAGUUGCUUGCAACCUCGUAUCUUACGAACUUGUCUUUGACCUUCAUGUUCAAGUUCAUCUCCAACACACAAAUCUCUUCACAAAAAUAGGAUUUUGAUUCACCAUACACUUGUUUGUUCCCUCCUUCUUUUUCUCAUCAACCAUUUCUAAUUCUCUCUCUCUCUCUUCCUCAAUCCUCACUAACCAACAUUCCUCAUUUUUUUCCCAUUUUUUUCUUUUUUUUUCCCUUUUUUUUUUCUUUUACAGAUUGGGUAAUGGGAGACCCAUCUAGUAAAUUUUGAACCUUUUUGAGGUUUUGGUUCUUGGGUAUGUUGAAAAAAUGGAAUUUGAGAGAAAAAUUGUUUGAAGAUGAGUUUUUGUUGUUAUGACAUGAGAGGUUGUUGUUGGGCAUUGAAUGUUUUUUCAUUGCCUCUAACAAUUGUCAUCGAAUGCCGAAACGAUAUUCGGCAUUCGAUUCAUUCUUGUUCUUCAUUCAAUUCCAACAUUUCUCUAUUCCAAUCAGCAAUAGAACCCCAUCCAAUAGAUUUAAAUUUUGAAAUUUUGAAACUUUGAAAAUUAUUUCUUGUACUUUUUGUUGUGUUGGGUUUUAAUUCAGCAACCAGAAUGAUUUCUGGUUCUGUUUUAGCAUUGCAUCCUUCUGACAAUGUUUUCAGGAGAAGGGAAUCUCAUGAUUUUGAGGAGGACUUUGUAGAGAAAGAUCCAACCGGCCGGUACAUUAGGUACAAUGAAAUCUUGGGCAGGGGUGCCUUCAAGACUGUUUAUAGGGCAUUUGAUGAAGUUGAUGGAAUAGAAGUUGCUUGGAACCAAGUUAGGAUUGAUGGCCUCUUACAUUCAGUAGAUGAUCUUGCAAAAUUGUAUUCUGAAGUUCAUCUAUUGAAGUCUUUGAAUCAUGAAAAUAUCAUUAAGUUCUACGACUCAUGGAUCGAUGAUACGCAGAAAACCGUUAACAUGAUCACUGAACUCUUCACAUCUGGAAACUUACGACAGUACCGUAAGAAGCAUAAAUAUGUUGAAGUGAAAGCCAUAAAAGGUUGGGCCAGACAGAUUCUUCAAGGCUUAGUAUAUCUUCACGGUCACAAGCCACCUAUUAUUCACCGAGACUUGAAAUGCGACAACAUCUUUGUGAAUGGAAACCAAGGAGAAGUUAAGAUAGGUGAUCUCGGUUUGGCAAUUGUCAUGCAGCAGCCAACUGCUCGGAGCGUUAUUGGGACACCGGAGUUUAUGGCUCCAGAAUUAUACGAAGAGGAGUACAAUGAACUUGUUGACAUCUAUUCUUUUGGGAUGUCAAUGUUGGAGAUGGUUACUCUUGAAUAUCCCUACAACGAAUGCACCAACCCAGCUCAAAUAUUUAAGAAAGUUACCUCGGGCAUCAAACCUGCUAACCUUAAUAAGGUGAGUGACCCUCAAAUUAAGGAGUUUAUUGAGAAAUGCCUAGUUCCAGCAUCUCAGAGAUUGUCUGCAGAGGAACUUCUUAAUGACCCAUUUCUACAAAUUGAGAGUCAAAAGGAUCCAUUCCCGUCUCCUGUUAGAACUCGAAGAUCUACAUCAAGGGCUGGAUCUAUGGACAUGGAUGCUGACUACAAAAAUUUUUCCGGGAGUAUCUAUACUGAUAGCAGCCAGGGAAGUCCACAUUUUCCAGUUUAUCAUGUUCAAAGGACUAAUAAGAACAACGAGUUUAGGUUAAAAGGGACUAAAAAUGAUGAUAACUCGGUAUCAUUGACCUUGCGUAUUGCGGAUACAAGUGGUCGAGUAAGGAAUAUACAUUUUCUCUUUUACCUUGAUACAGACACUGCAGUCUCGGUGGCCUCAGAGAUGGUUGAACAUUUGGAGCUGGCGGAUCAUGAUGUGGCUUUCAUUGCUGAGCUUAUUGAUUACCUGAUAAUGAAACUUGUUCCUUGGUGGAAACCUUCGCCUGAUCAUAACUCAACUGGAGGAACAAGUCUUUGUAGUGGUUCUACAAAUGUCGAUAGCCAAAUGGCAUGCCCUUGGAGUUCUAUCACAACUAGUGUUUCCUCAGAAGCAGUUAGUGGUCAAGACGUCUUUUCCGGGUUUAACACAAUUCCUAGAGAUGGUUUAGAGACACCUGGAAAGGCCUGUUUUUACAAAAAUGCUGAUAAUGCUAUUUACAAGGGUGCCGUCGAUUCUUCUAGUUUGGUUAACUCAGAAGAUCGAUAUUCACGAGGAUCAGGAGCUUCUGAGAUAGCUGUUGAUGAUGUUUCAAUGAAAAAUGCCAAUUGUCAUGAUUCCAAAUUUCUCGGUGUUGGAUAUUUUAAAUGCCUAGCAAGGUCGAUAACGGGGCUUGAAGUUGGUGAUGCGUAUUUCGAAGAUUGUAAAUUGCAGGCAGCAGAUUACAAUAUUGGGGGAAGCACUGUGAACUCAGAAUUAUCAAAUGCUGUGAGCUUGUCAAGUAGCUGUUGUUCUAUGUCUUCAACUGAAAAGGAUAUUGAUCUCAAGCUAAAAAAUGAACUCGAGGCAAUUGAGUCGCAAUAUCAGAAUUGGAUUGAGGAACUCACUAGAAUGAAAUUGGAGGCAUUGGAAGCCACUCGAAGGAGAUGGAUGGCCAAGAAAAAGUAGCUAUUCAUAUAUUUUGAGCUUGUUGAUUAACUAACUAUGUAGCACCGACACUUCAGAUUGAAGGUGUGUCUGGUGUUCAAUCCAACACAUGUCAUUGUGUCAGUGUCUUGUUUGUGUCAGUGCUUCAUAGCUAACUAACCUUUUUUACCCUUGUCGAAGUUAUUCCAUUGUAAAGUUUAAUUUAUAUAUUGGAUGUGAUGGCUCAUUUUUUGCAGAAGCCGGUGUCAUUACUCUUAACUCUCCAACAUUUUUUUAUACUUUGGGGAUAUAUUGUGGAUCUCUCAUUAUAUUAUGUAGCAGAAUGUGUCUUAUUAAAAAAAAAUAUAUGAACAAUCUUACAAC